CCGCCCUCUAGGGGGCGAUGUUUGACUCUAUAUUCUAGCAGAAGAAGAGAUCAAACUCAAGUUAGCAAACAAAUCUACCAAGUUUCUUAUGCUAAGGACGGAGCCCUCGAACUUGGUCACACCCAUUCUGUUUUCCAGACAGUUUGAAUGUUGUUUUGUUGCUGUUGAGCAAAUUCUCAAUGCGCAUAUUUAAAGUUUAAAGGGAGGAAAAAGAAAUACGUGUUAAGAAAAGGGCUACUUAGCUUUCGGUUGCUAGGCAACGGGCCUACAGUCAACCUGAGCUAGCAGAGCAGCGUGUGCUAAUCGAACAAACAAGGCCCCAGAAAACAUUUAUUUUUUUAGUGGAUUUUAAAGCGGUUUGAAAAGUAGCUGGGCUCAUGGCAGAGGAGGAUGAGCGGGGCCCGGGAGCCGCUCACCGGAUGGUGUCGGUGAUGGAGGGACUGUUAGAAAAGCUCGACGCUCUGAACUACGAGGAGCUUCUGGACAAACACAACAUGAAGAAAGUGUGCAGGCACUACUUUGUCUCCAACUCCCACCUGUCCUCCAAUCCGGGUGAGCAGUUUUACAUGUUCACCAUCAUCGCUGCCUGGCUCAUCAACGUGGCAGGGAGGCCGUUCACCGAACCCCGGGAGCACGACGAGCCCAACGCCACCGUGUCCAACAUCCUGGCGGAGCUGAGAGCCUUUGGCGUAAAGGUGGACUUCCCUCCCUCCAAAUUGAAGACGGGCUCAGGCGAGCACGUCUGCUUGGUGUUGGACCGACUGGCCGACGAGGCUUUGAAGAGGAGAAACUUCUCCUUCAAAAGGCCAGAUUACCCGUCAGAAACCCCGGAGGAAGAGUCGAUGCUGGAGGACGAUGCAGAAGUCACACUCAGCACAGCAGAGGAGGAAAUAUUGGAGGAAGAUGAGGAUGAGGAGGAAAUUGCGAUGGAUCUGGAGUCUCUGAAGUUGCGGAACUUCCACAAUGAACCAGAACUGUCAUCCAAACCCGAGGAGAUCUUGGAGGCGACUGUGGAUGCUGCAGAGUGGAACCUGGAGGUGGAGAGAGUCAUACCACACCUGAAAGUCACCAUCAGGAACGACAAUAAGGACUGGAGGGUCCACCUGGAGCAGAUGCAUCAGUACCAAGACAAAAUCGACUCCCUGUUCAAAGAGUCCAAGAGCUACAUGGACAAGCUGCAGGAAGACAUCGGAAAGACUCAGGAGAAAGUGAGCAGCAGGGAGAAGUACAUCAACAACCAGCUAGAGCUUCCGGUGCAGGAGUACCGCAGCGCCCAGGCCAAACUCAGCGAGGCCAAGGAACGCUACCAACAGGCCAGUGGAGGGGUGACCGAGAGAAGCAGAGUCCUGGCUGAGAUCAGCGAGGAGCUGGACAAGGUGAAGCAGGAGAUGGAGGAGAAGGGCAGCAGCAUGUCGGAUGCAGCUCCGGUGGUAAAGAUCAACCAGAGUCUGACGAAGCUGAAGCAGGAGAUCGUGCAGAUUGACUUGAGGAUCGGCGUGGUGGAGCACACCCUGCUGCAGGCCAAACUCAAGGAGAAGUCCAACAUGACGCGCGACAUGCACGCCACCAACAUCCCUGAGCCCACUGCAGGGCCCUUCGCUUAGCAGCACUCACGGACCGGGUCAAACCGGAGCCAGUUCUGAUCUGAAACAAAAUGGUCGUUCUUUCAAAUCAGUUACAAAUGAAACAUUUAUUGAAAUUUCAAACAUUUAUUUUUUUACUACCUUUAAUAAACAAAUAAACACACCUGAACUGCAAAAGUCUAAAUCAUCUGGACCCAGAAAAUGUUUACAUUAAUUGGAGCCAAAUGAACACUAGAGGUCACUGUUACUGCACUGAAAUCCAAAUUCGUUGAACCUUUACUUUGAAAUUUUUGAAAAAACAUGUACAUAAACUGUAGUUUUUGUCAGAAAUGACAAACAUAUUUAAGAAGCAGGAAAAUAAAUCAUCGAGAAGUACAAAGAGCUGCUUUAGUGUUCUAGUAAAAUGUCGAAAGAAAUCCCAGUUAGUUAUUUAGCAAGUUAUACCAACACUUGUCAGGGCACUAUUCCUGAGCCCUUAUCCUGCCUUUAAAAUAAACAAGGAUUUUAAUUUUUUUAUUUUUUGCUUAGGAUAGAAAAUAUGUUGAGACUUGCUACUGUUCAAUAAAUCCACUUAAAUAUUUCUAACUUAAACUUGGUAAGUUUGGCUUUCAAUGUUCUCUGCUUUUUAACGCAUGGAAUAAAUUUACUUUGGAGAGUCA